AUGGUCGGACCGGCAAAGGAGGUCAUCGACAAUCUCGGCGUCGACUGCACCAACGGCGGCUCCUUUUACGUCUGCAACAGCAAGUCGGUCCAGUUUGUCGGUUGCUGCACGCUCGACCCAUGCAAGACAUCCGACGGCAACUGCCCCGACCAGAACCUCCGAAACACCACGUUCCAAGCGUACUCCUACAACCAAAUCAAGCCCCAGAAAUGCGUGAGCGAGGACCCAGAGGUGCAGUGGUUUGCCUGCGCCGCAUCCAAGCCUCCCUUCAUGGGAUGCUGCUCCGCCAAUCCUUGCCAGCUUGGUGGGUGCCCAGCAGACAAGCUCUAUGCCGCGAAGCUGAACGACAACCCCGAACUUGCCAGACCAUUUCUCACCGGGGUGCCGCAUGAAGAACUCUCCACCGCCGCGACUGCUGGGGUAGCUGUCGGAGUCACGUUAUUUGCAAUGCUCGUGAUCGGGUUGACGAUCUGGUGGGCUAAGCGGAAGACCAAGAGGACCCAGGAGCCUCGCCGGUCUCAAGGUAGCGGGACGGUCCCAGCGCUAGGAUACAGGUCGCCCUCAGUUCGGUUUCCCGAUAAGACCAAUCUCGGGUUGGGUAUGGGCCUGAAAUCUGCCUAUUCAAAGAACUCCGAGUACGACAUGACGCAGCGAAUCCCUACCCGACAGGACUCGCCCACCCUGUCACCACAAUCGAGAGGCCUCUCGCAGUGGAGCGAACAGUCAGUGCAUGGAAGCAGCGGCGGGACUCACCCUCACGGUUACCAGCAGUCGGAUGGGCGCGUACCAAGUGCCAUCUCAUCGGAUCAGGGGCAUUCUAGAAGAGAGAAGUGGAAGCAUCCCACACCUGUGGCGCAGGAGCUGCCCCCGGAGCAUCAGAUCUUGGAGUUGGAAGACACUUCGAAUCUAACACCAACUUCGGACACUGAGAAAUUGUGA